GUUCAGCACCUCGGAUGACACGACCAAGAAGUCCUACGAGGAGAUCGACAACGCGCCGGAGGAGCGUGCCCGCGGUAUCACCAUCAACGCCUCUCACAUCGAGUACGAGACCGAGACCAGGCACUACUGCCAUGUGGACUGCCCGGGCCACGCAGAUUACGUCAAGAACAUGAUCACAGGCGCAUGCCAGAUGGACGGCGGCAUCCUGGUCAUUUCCUCCCCAGAUGGCCCUAUGGCCCAGACCCGCGAGCACAUCCUCCUCUCCAAGCAG